AUGGCGUCGGGUAUGCAUCAGGGGCAGGAUUUCUCCUCGUCUUCUCAAAGAAUGACUUCGCUAUCCAUAUCAAAUAGUGUCGUGCUUAUGGAAUCUGACAUACGGAAACACUCGGCCAAGCCUCAAUCAAGUGAGUGUGAUCUUGGUCUAGGGCUAAUGGGACAUGAACAAGAAGGUUAUGGAUUGGCUUGGAGCUCCUUCAAGGAGGAGUCGAUGAAGAAGAACACUGAGUUUCUUGUGAAGCAAAUGAAUUGGCCAUUAAAGGCUGUGGUUUCAACACCUGCAGUGCUUGGAUACAGCUUGGAGAAGAGGACUGACGUAAUUCAAGCUCUCAUUGUAAAAGGAUUGCUCGGAAGCGAACUUCCUCCGAUGUCUCCUGUAUUGGCGUAA